AGGCUGAACGGACAGCGAAUGUCGUCAUGAGCGGUGGGUAGGAAUUCAAACAUUGGCGUUUAUAUUACCUUCUACUUGGUAAAACAUGAAAUUUGCGUGGCACGCGACUACGCGCCACUAUUCCGCGGUCAAAGGAUGGAAAUUAAAGCCGCCCUGCGGGGGCUCGCGUCAAACCCGAAGCCGUCACACUUCCUGAAUUGGCUUUCCCUUUUCUGUAUUGCUACCGAAGAGUUUAACUCGCUAACUACGCGGAUGCUAGCGCCACCGAGCUAGCCCGAGUAAGCUAACAUGCUAAGCUAAGAUGCUUUUGGACUUGUCUCUCCUCAAACGUAACCCACAAAUGGCCCCCCUUUUCCCUUUUAAUAAACACAAUAUUACGUGUAAUUAUUUGCGUAUUGCGGCUUUCUUGUUUUUUUUGUUCCCGCCGUUGCUAAAACGCACACGAAAUAAAUCAGAUUAGACUAGCCGCUAGUUGUUAGCCACCGGAGCUGCUGCUGCUUCUAUUUUUUUGUGUGUGUGUAGCUUGUGUGCUAACGUCAUUAGCACAAACAAAUCAACGCGAGCAAGCCGGCUAGUGAUCAAAUGUCAAAUUGAAGUACUUGUUACUACUACAGAGUAAUUUGGAAGUAGACAAUUGUAAAUGUUUUUAUUUUGUGUGGCAUCUUUUCUGUCCUCCUUUCUCUCGUACGGUAUUUAAUAUUUGGUUAUCUUCUAUAUAAUUUGAUAAAUAAAGGUCAAGACACUUUUUAUUUGGCAAUUAUUGUUUUGCUGCUUUGGUUUUAUUGCUGCUUUGGUUUCUUUAUUGCAAUGCAGAAACAGCCAUGUUUGAAGUCGUCUUCAGAAUUUAGUGAUGAUUUCAAAUUUUAGGCCAGGAUAUGAAGAACACUAAUUCCAAGGGAGUCCAAUGCAAAUGUUGCAUGGAGGCAAAUGACAUUUUGCUGCAGCUUUUUUGCUUGAGCCCAUUGAUUGAGCAAAUAAUGGUGGCCCACUAAAUUACACUUGUUGCAUAAUGGUCGGGACAUCAAUAAAAUUGAUUUGGAAACUGACAAAUAGUUGUGCUGCAACCAUGUGAGUUGCACGUUUGUCAUGCAUUGCUCUCCUUCUACGGUUACAAGGGACUUAAGGAUCCUAACCUUUGACACUUUUGCCUUUACACUUUUAUAAGAACAGUAUAAACCAGCAUCCCUCAGAAUUUUGCAGUCUGCUAUUGUAUUUAAAGGACAACAUGGCCACCGUUGUCGCUGUCAGUCCCAGUGAAUAUCUCCAGCCCUCGAGCAUCACCACACAGGGAGAGAGCCAGCCGUCUCCUUUGGCCCUGCUGGCUGCCACCUGCAGUAAGAUCGGCCCGCCCGCCGCCCAAGCCCCUGCCGCCUCGCCGCCGGCCCCGCCGCAGCCCCGGCGUCUCCUUCCAAUCAAACCGGCUCCCAUCGCACCGGCGCCUCCCAAGAACCUAGGCUUCCUCCAAGCUAAGGGCAAUGUGAUCCAGCUCCCGGCCGGCCUGGGCACCGGCGCGCCCGGCAGCCCCAUCGUGCUCACCAUCCAGCAGAGCCCGGGCCGCCCCGGCCCCCAGUCCCCCGCCAACAUCCAAUACCAGGUCAUGCCGCAGAUCCAGGGCACCCAGACCAUCCAGGUGAUGCAGCAGGGCGGACAGAUCCAGCUCAUACCGGGCACCAACCAGGCCUUCAUCACCACCCCCAUGUCCGUGCCGGCCCAGGCGGCCGUCGCCCCCGUGGCCGCCCCUAUCCUGCCGCAGAAGACGGUCGCCAUCAAACCUUCGCCCAAAACGAGGAGGUCAAGCGCCGCCGCCAACUUGUUGCAGUUGCCGCUCAAUGUGGCGACGGGGGAGGUGGGCGGCGCUCAGAUCGUAACCGAGACGGCGACGGCGCCCGCCGUGGUGGGAAAGCCGCGACGAGGCAGGAAGAAGAAAAUGAUGCUGGACGCUCAAGCCCCGCCGCCGCCGCCACAGCUUUCGCUUCCUCCGCUGCCGCAGGUUCCUUCUCCGCCCCCGGAGCAGAUGGAGACCAUCGUGAUAGAAACUGCGGACAACAUCAUUCAGGCGGGGAACAACCUGCUGAUCGUGCAGAGUCCCGGCCAGCCGGCCAUGGUACAGCAGGUGCAACUGGUGCCCCCGAAGCAGGACCCUCCUGUGGUCCAGAUCCCCCAGCAGGCCCUGAAAGUGGUGCAGGCCGCCUCCGCCUCGCUGCCGCCCGUCCCGCAGCGCCAAUCGCCCGCGCCCUCCGGCCUGCAGGUGGCGUCACCGGACACGGCGCCAACGCAGCUCUUUUUUAAGACGGGAGCCGGCGAGUGGCGGUCGGUGCAAAUCCAGGAUGCCAUCUCCACGGCGACGACGCCCACUACUCCUGUCGCCACCCCCGCCUCGCCGCCCCCUACCCCCGCCGUUGUCAAGAAGACUUCGACGGGCGGCAGAAAGGAGCGCACGCUGGCCAAAAUUGCACCGGCGGGCGGAAUGAUGGCGCUGAACACGUCUCCGCUGUCGUCGGCGGCGCAGGCGGUGCAGACCAUCAGCAUCAAUGGCGUCCAAGUGCAGGGAGUUCCCGUCACUAUCACCAACGCAGGAGGCCAGCAGCACUUGACAGUGCAGACCAUGCAGGGCGGCGGCCUCCAACUGGCGGGGAUGGCGGCUCACGGCCAGCCCGCCAUCCACGUCGACCAGACGCUCACGCUGGAACUUCCCGGACACGCCGGUGAGAAGAAGCGACGCAUGGCCUGCACGUGCCCCAACUGUAAAGACGCUGAGAAAAGGCCGGGCGACGUGGCCAAGCGGAAGCACAUCUGUCACUUUCCCGGCUGCGAGAAGACCUUCCGCAAGACGUCGCUGCUCCGAGCGCACGUCCGCUUGCACACGGGCGAGCGGCCCUUCGUCUGCAACUGGGUUUUCUGCGGCAAGCGUUUCACGCGCAGCGACGAGCUGCAGCGUCACGCCAGGACGCACACGGGAGACAAACGCUUUGAGUGCAACCAGUGUCAGAAGCGUUUCAUGAGGAGCGACCACCUGACCAAGCAUUACAAGACACACAUAAACACCAAGAACCUGUGAGAAAACAACAAGACUCCACAUUGAAAAACUGGAGUUCGUCGCUUGUCCCAUACUGGGACCCCGAAGCCACUGCUUCAAAAAAAAGAAAAAAGGAAAAAGGACUCUUGUGCGACUCUUGUGGAACGCCAUGUACAAAGAAAAAGCAGGCUGAAGAGACUCCAACUUAUUUAUGACCCCUUUUGGAAACGGACAAAGUUGACACACGCCAGCCUACGUGCAACGGCAGGACUCCAGUCAGAGCGGCCUCCAUUUUGUGUCCUUAUCUCAAAGCAGCCACCAUUUUGUUUACCGCCUCCUCCUUCUCCGUGUGCUUGAAGCUCCCAGGGUUACGUUUUUAACGGUUAUUUUUACAUUGACAUUUGCUGCCUACUUUUAAGUUGACGCAUGUGGAUUUUUUUCCCGCCCAGUUGCGAGUGUUUUCGAACAUUCGUUCCGCAAACAUUUGCGACCUUGAAUGACGCAGAUGAAAACGUGACAUUCGAAAUUGUUCGCCCCUCGGUGGGAUUGGGGCUCAAUGCCAAUUUCGCUUCAUCUCUUCGUUAAAGGAUUUUGCACCAUCGUUGACACCAGUAUUAUCAUGCACAUUGUUUCAUACAACAUUUUAAAUCUGUUUUUAACCUCAUAAGCUAUGAACCGGUCGGACCACAGUGACGCGACAAUCACCACAGGAUGCAAUCGUCGGUGUGCGUGAAAGCGUUAAAUCCACAUCAAGCAGCGUCUGAGCACUUGUUCCCCUUUUACGUAAAGCAGCUUGAGAGACACCGACCCCAAACUUGGCACGAAAGGAGACGCACAAAGUGCGUGAAAGGAGGGGGAGAGUCUGCUGGUAUUAUUUAUCUUGGUCCGCUCCCUCAAUGAUGUAGUGAAGGAGGAGGACGUUGUACAGUGUAUUGAAAUAUGAUGUGUGACAUUGUAUAUUUGCUUCAUUAAUGCUUUGUAAAAGACCUCUAGAGACCAUUUUCUAUCAUUAAAGAUGCCUUAGACAGCUAUUUAAAAUAAA